GUGGGGGAACCCCACAUGACCUUCCUUCCAAGACAUCCAAAGCACAUUGCCAGCAUCAAUGAGUAGCUGGCACUAAAAUUGCAAUUCCAAUUCCAAUUCCAAUUCCAAUCCCAAUCCCAAUCGCAUAGUAGAGUUCAAUUGAAUUCAAUUCAGUUGAAGCUUCCGCUCAAAAUCUCUCCCUCAUUUUCUUCCCGAUCCUUCUUUGGAGUACAACAAAACGAUGCCAGAAAUGGAUGGGAAUGGCUCCUCGACCAAACCUCCUCAAAUCUCCGAAAUGUUUCAGAAAUUCGCCCUCGCUUUCAAGACCAAAACCUACGAGUUCUUCUCCGACGAAAACGUUAUCCCCAUCGACGACUCCGACGGUUUCUCACUCCUCGACUCCACCGAAGAAAUCAUCCCCGACCAAAAAGUCGUUGUCAUCAAACCCGACCCCAACCCAGGGACUCCCUCGCCACCCUCUCCACCCUCUCCACCACACAUCACCACCCCGCCAACGUCCCCACCAAAGAUCACCGUCCCGCCCCCUCUAUCUCCCGAGCCCCAAACGACGCCGCCGUUGACCCAAUCUCAAAUCAGAGAAACGACCCGCGCUCUGAUCUCUUCGAUCUUCGCUGCCGUGUCGGCUUUCGAAGCUUCCUACUUCCAAUUGCAGAGCGCGCACGUGCCGUUCGUGGAAGAGCACGUGAAGAGCGCGGACAGAGUGUUAGUUUCGCAUCUGCAGAGACUCUCUGAAUUGAAGAAGUUUUAUUGCAACCCCGAGUCAGGUGCUUUCCCAUUCGGGUCUUGUUUGGAGGCUCAAGUGGAAGAGAAUCAGAGCAAGCUCAGGACCCUCGGCACCGUCUCGAACCGUUUGCAAUUGGAGCUGGAGCAGAAGCACGACGAGGUCUUCGCCCUUAGAAGGAAACUCGAUGAGAUUCACAAGGGUAACGUUAACCUUUCGAGGAAGCUUUGUGCCAGUGCUUUGAACCCUUCCUCUGAUGUUUUGUUAACUAUUAGGGUGUUCGAUUCCUUGUUGCACGAUGCUUCUAGAGCGACGCACAAGUUCACCAAGAUUCUGAUUGGGUUGAUGAGGAAAUCCGGGUGGGAUUUGGGUUUAGCGGCCAAUGCAGUUCAUCCGAACGUUGAUUAUGCUAAGAAAGGGCACAAUCAGUAUGCACUUUUGUCCUAUGUUUGUUUGGGAAUGUUUCAGGGUUUUGAUUCACGGAAUUUUGGAGUGGAAGAAGUGGUGUUGAAUGGGCACAUGCACGAGGACGAGCAUGGUUUAGAUUUGGAGAAGAGUGGUUUUUUGAAGCAAUUGCUUGAGCAUGUGUCUAGCAAUCCGAUGGAUUUAUUAGGCAUUCAUCCUGGAUGUGAAUUUUCAAGGUUUUGCGAGCACAAGUAUGAGAGGCUCAUCCAUCCUUCGAUGGAGUCGUCAAUUUUUGUUGAUUUGGAGGGGAAGGAGGCAGUGUUGAGCUCGUGGAGGUCGUUGAGUAUUUUCUAUGAGGCGUUUGUUGGAAUGGCUAGCACCAUAUGGACACUGCAUAAGUUGUCCUAUGCAUUUGAUCCUGCAGUUGAGAUUUUUCAAGUGGAAAGAGGUGUGGAGUUCUCUAUGAUAUACAUGGAAGAUGUGACGAAGAGAUUAACCUGGCCAAACAAGGGUAGGGCGAAGGUCGGAUUCACUGUGGUUCCUGGAUUUAAAAUUGGGAGGACAGUUAUUCAAUCACUGGUUUAUAUUAGCAAUUUCAGAUGUACAGAGUAGUGAAGUCAUAGGCACUCAGUUGAGACUGAUACUGCAGGAUCUAAAUUAAUCCUCUUGUUGGUUCUGGUGUUGUAAUUUGUUCCUCAGUUUGAGUGAAAUCCAUCAGAGUUAUGCCAGAAUUUAUUCGAGGUGCAUGAUAAUGAACUACUGAUUGAGCAAGACGAUGCCAAUGAUGCCAUAUAUGCCUGAAGAUGUUUGCUUCUUUCUAUGAUGCUAAAGUUGGAGCAGCAGUGAUCGUUUCAAGUCGAUCAUUAUGUGGUGCCAAUGCCAACCAAGUGAGGUGUGAGUGUUUUUGCUGGUACUUUUCUCUUUCUGUUUUUUAUUUUUAUUCCAGUUUUGCUUUUAUGCUUGUUUUAGGUCACCUGUGUAGAGUUAACUGUACAGAAUAUUCCUCCCAUUCUGGGUACUCUAACAACAAAUACAUCGGUAAAUUGUGCAUGUAUUGUUUUUCCGUUAUAUAUAGCAAGUAACAGUGGUUUUCCCAAUAGCAAGUAACAGUGGUUUAUUACGUUUUAAUCUCUAUUGUUUGUAAGAAUAGGAUCAAAUGUACAGAGAAAAGAAUAACAACGAUUGAGCCUUAAUGAAUUUCUCUGUUUGGGGAGUGGGAUGUCCAAAAGUGGGGAAGAAGAUGAAUGAGCACAAGAAAGAGCCUCAGGAUAGAUUUUAAUAGCCUGUCUUCUCCCAACCAAGCCCAAUUGUUGAACUGAAUGCACCCCUCCGCCUUCCUCUCCUUUCUACUUGUUAUUAGUCUUUGGCUAUGAUAUAUUUUAUAUUUAGCAAUUGCAAAUAAAGCUUAGCAAAUGUACUAAUCGAUUUAAUAAAUAUAGUUAAGAUCAUUCUCACGAGGAUUGUGAUCUAAAUUUAACAACAUGCACAAAAAAUGAACUUUGCCUAAUCGAGAACUUCAAAAUAUCAAAAGUAAUUCUAAAACAAAAGCUGUAAUGCAAAACACCAAAUUAGAGAAGAAAUUCGAGUUUGAAAGAAGAAUAUAAGCAAACAACAGUUGAGAAUCUGAGAGAUUUAUGCAGAAAUGUAAUAGAACACACAUCAAGUGAUAUUUAUCAGAAAAUGAGAUUGGUUAGGAGUCGGAUUCCUCUAGAUUUUCACCUUAUGCAGAUAAUUACUCUUAAUCUAUAUUUCACAACUCAAUUGAAUGCAUUCAUUCAUCACAAGUAAUUAUAAUCCAAUGUCUUUGUAAACUUACUCUAAUUCUUAACCACAAGUCCUAAUGUCUUAGUUAAAUCUGAUCAAGAACAACAUUAAACAGCAGAAUUAACAAGCACACAAUUUCUAAUUCUUAUGUCUAGAAAAUCUGAAGAUCAAGUCAUUUACCUCAGUUCUGACAAUUUAACCAAUUUUUCAAUUGUGAAAAACCUCUUGGAUCACUUGAAUGGCCAAUUCAGUGAAGCUUUAACCAUGGAAGUAAACAAUUGCAAUUAAAUCACAAAUUCUGAAUUAAGAUUGAAGAAAACAAAUUUACAUAAGGUUCAAAUCCAGAUUACAUGCUAUCUCAACCUAAGAAACAUAGAAAUGCAAUGCAAAAACACAAAAUAUUGACCAUAAAAGAAAUAUCUAGAGAGAUAUCCUUUUUUGAAGCUCGAUUUUUGUGUUCAUAGUAGAUCUCACUUCAAUCUCACACAAAUUGAAAAAGAGCGAACUAAGCAAUCCUACAACUAAGAUAAACCAGAAAUCUAAAAACUAAGAGAAAAUCAGAAAUUGAAAAAGAAAAAAAAGCUCAGCAAAAGUAGAAAGAUAAAAGAUCAAAGAUGUCAAAUGCUGUAGCACACUGAGCUAUUUAUAAACUUCUGAUAGCUCAAUGUGAGGUAACUAUAAUGCACUCUCCUUAUUGGAAGAUUCUUGAGUGUUCUCAUAAUUGUGAGAUGUCAGGUCAUUGAGAAUCAAAUGUCCUACCACGCAUAGCUUCAUUGGCUCUUUUAUGUACAGAAAAUGAGGACAUUGUGCUUUGAGUAUCCCAACUUGUGCUGUGUUCUAGGCAUAGUUGUCAAUUGCAGAUAGCAGCGUGUAGCAAACGACUCCCAAAAUGCUAUAGCAGGAUAAUUGCUAUUUUAAAUUUUUUGAUAUGUAUAUAAUGCUAAAAGAAUAUGCAUAAAUAACAUAUGAAUA